UCCGAAAUUAAUUUGUUAUGAUUUUUUAGAUUUAGCUUUAUAUAUGGAAUUAGGUUUUUGCAGUUUAUUAGAUUUUACAAACUUUUUAAAGGGGAAAAAAAAUUAAUUUUUAGGUGAUUUUUAAGCUUGUUUUUUAUUAAAAUAACUAUUUUUGAUGAACCUAGAGUUUUUUUAAAAUAAGGCAUUCCAUGGGGAUAUCAAACCAGCUAAUAUAGUUUUUGUUUUUGAAAAAAAAAACUAGUUUGGUUUAAAAUUUAUUGAUUUUGGGGCUUCUUCGGAUGAUAUGGAUUUUUUUUUGGCUUAUUAUACACCAGCUUAUGUUUGUGAAAAGGUUUUUUUGAAGGAAAUUGGGUUUUCGGUUGAAGAGAUUUUUUAUUCAGAGGUUUUUAGUAGUUGUAGGAGUAUUUAGAAUAUGAUUAUUUUUAGUUCUUAGGGAAAUUUUAAAGAUUAUUUUAAGAAAAAUCAAGAUUAGUAGUUUUAAAUUUUUUCAAAGGAAUUUUAAAAAAGUCAUUAGAAAUUAAUUAGUGUUUUUUAAAAAGUUUAUGAAAAAAAAGAUUUAAAAUUAAAUUUAGAAUAGUUUUAGGAAAUUAUUAAAAUUUUUAAUUUUUUUGAUUUUGAAGGGAUAUUUGAGAGCUUUUGUUAAUAAAUUUAAGAAUUAGAAAAUUUUAUAAAAUAAUAAAAUUAAAAUUAGAAAGUCGUUAAAUGAAAUUUAUUAAA